UUGACGUUAUCAAACGCUAAUAGGUCCGAUGCCGAGCUUCAAUUGAUCAAUGGGCGCCUUUUCAAAACGAACACCAAUAGACCCAGCGAAGCAACUGCCGGAACAAUAGCGUCUACAAGCAACCCGCUGCGUUAGCGCUGUGCCAGUCGAAAGAAAUCGGUAACUGUUGACACCUCUGAAGUGACUUUGAUCAGAAAGCCGACAAACUUGUAUAAGACUGAUUGUAGGAAAGGAACUCACCGCUACUGAGAGACGCAAGUUGAGGAGCAGCAUGUCCGAGGCAAUGAGUGCGCAGGUCACCAGCUCGCAACUGGAGCUGCCCAACGUCCCAGACUCCAGUGGGGUACGCAGCUCGUCGGCUACUCUUCAGUUCCUGACACACCGACGGAAGAGGACUAACUUCACGCAACAGCAGCUCGGCGUUCUGGAGAAAGUGUUCGCUUCUACUAUGUACCCAGAUAUCUACCUCCGGGAGAGCCUGGAGGAGCUCACUGGGCUUCCGGAGUCUCGAAUUCAGGUUUGGUUCCAGAACAGACGUGCAAAAGCUCGGCGGCAAACAGUAGUCUCGCCUCGAAGACCUGACCAUCAUCUUGUGAAAUCAUUUGAUCCAACUGAUCAGCCAAAGCACCUAGAGUUGAAUCGCCAAUCUAGACUAACCCAUGGUUGUCUGUUUGGAAGCCUGAUAAAUGAUACCAACAGAAAGCUUGACAGACAGAGAGAGCCACCUGCAAGCCUUAUCCAGGGAGGCAAUUCCUGGAGCAAUCAUGUUCAGCCCAGUUGCAUGCCAUUGGAUGUGCAAUUUAAGAACCAAAAUUCAAUCCAUAAUCAAACAUGGAAAAACUCAGUAAAGGACCAGUCAGUUUUCCUUGUGGAAUAUGAUAAUUAUCCACCCAACAAAACCAUCGGGCCAGAAAUGAAGGAGGUAAUCCCACCCAUCCCCACCACUCGCUCAUCUCCAAAGCCAUAUGCAUGUCCAGUGGGACAGAGGCCGUACUUUUUUACAACUGACAAAACUGGACAUUUUUCCCCAAUACCUGAUGAUGGAGAUUCAGGCGGCCGUUUCACAGAUUCUGACUGUGAAUGGGAUGCAGGUGCAGUUUCAGGAUUUCCAGAUUUAAUGUAA